ACUCAAGCCGACGCAGCCAAUGCAGCUCGAACAGCCCGCCGCCCGGGAUCACUUGAGCGCCAUCAGCCCUAAAAUGCACCACCGGCAGCACCAGGCACCGGGCAGCUCCUUGUAGCCGCGCAGCGAAGCCCUCUCGUCGGACACUCGCUGCGCUAGGAGUCGCUGUCCGUCUGGAAGUAAAUUAAAGAUAUCUAUAUGAGAACAAAAGAAAAAUUCCAUGGAGAUACCGAGUCGAAGCUGCACCCUCGUUUGGAUUAUUUGAACUUUUUUUUUUUUUUUUUUUUUUAAGUUAAGGAUCAAAAAAGGAAGUCGUCGUCGUCGUUUGUUUUGAGUUGGAGCGGUUCUGGGAGUCAUGGCGGAGCCGGAGGAGACUUUUGGCCUGCAAGCCUCCUCUCCCGGUGGUUCGGAUUCGAGGGAGGUUCCGAGCGAGGGCAAAGCCGAGAAAGCCAACGGGACGUCCGGCAAGUCGCCGUCCUCGCAGACGACCUACAUCCAGCAGGGCAUGGAGGGGAUAAAAGUCUACCUGCACGAAAGGGAACUCUGGGUGAAAUUCCACGAGGUUGGCACCGAGAUGAUCAUCACCAAAGCUGGGAGGCGAAUGUUCCCAAGCUUUAAAGUGAAAGUUACCGGCCUGAACCCUAAAACCAAAUAUAUCCUCUUGAUGGACGUUGUCCCUGCAGAUGACCAUCGGUACAAGUUUGCUGAUAAUAAAUGGUCUGUGACCGGGAAGGCCGAGCCCGCCAUGCCCGGCAGACUCUACGUGCACCCGGACUCUCCUGCGACAGGGGCGCACUGGAUGCGGCAGCUGGUCUCCUUCCAGAAGCUCAAGCUGACCAACAACCACCUGGACCCGUUCGGACACAUCAUCCUGAACUCCAUGCACAAAUACCAGCCCAGGAUCCACAUCGUGAAAGCGGACGAGAACAACGGCUUCGGCUCCAAGAACACGGCCUUCUGCACGCAUGUCUUCCCGGAAACGGCCUUCAUCGCCGUCACGUCCUACCAGAACCACAAGAUAACCCAACUUAAAAUUGAGAACAACCCCUUUGCCAAAGGCUUCCGGGGAAGUGAUGACAUGGAACUGCAUCGCAUGUCCAGAAUGCAAAGCACCAAGGACUACCCAGUCGUACCUCGCAGUACCGUGCGUCAAAGAGUGGGCUCCAGCCAGAGUCCCUUCAGCGGCGAAGUCCAGGGCCUGGCCACACCGAGUUCCCUGAGUUCCCAGUACUCGCAGUGUGACAACGGCGUGACGAGCACCUCGCAGGACAUGCUCCCCCAGUCAGGCUCCUAUCCUCUGCCCCACGAGCAUGGCCAGGAGUACCACUGUGUCAAGAGGAAAGCAGUGGAAGACGACCCCCACUCAGGUGAGCACGGCUACAAGAAAGCCUACCUCGAGAGCUCGUCCAGCGAGGACGACCACUACUACCGCCCGGUGGGCUACGCGCAGAGCCUGGGCCUGGCUGCCGGCCCCUACCGCAACGAGUCCAGCCAACGGCAGGCCUGCAUGUACGCCGCCGCCUCGCAGGGUUCCGAGUCAGUCCCCAGCUUGGAGGACAUCAGCUGCAACACCUGGGCCGGCGUAUCGCCCUACGGGAGCUGCUCAGUGGCCACCAUGCAGCCCAUGGAACGGCUGCCCUACCAGCACUUCUCGGCUCACUUCACGUCGGGCUCUCUGGUGUCCAGACUCGGCGGGGUGGGUGGCCACGCCUCGGCCCAGCUGGGCGACGGUCACCACGCGGCCAUGUACCAGAGCUCCAUGACGCACCAGACUUUGGGCCGCCAGUGCAGUCCCGGCGCUGGCAUCCAGUCGCCGACAGCCGGCCUGCAAGGGAACGAGUAUCUGUACGCGCACGGCAUCCCGCGCACGCUAUCGCCUCACCAGUACCACACGGUACACAGCGUCAGCAUCAUGCCAGAGUGGAAUGACAACAGCUAGGGGAGCUUUUGAAGGGUCCACCUAUGAAAGGCGGUAAAGACAACUUGCCAAAAACUGCAGGAUCUUUAGUUUCUAUUUAUAUUUUUAUAGUUCAGUGUCGGACUCAGAGACACCAGUAAGGUGGCGGCAUUCUCUGCACUUACAAGUGACUCCAAAAAAGACUUUUUCCAAACUGCUUUUUAUAUUCAUGCCAUGAGGGACUCUCCCAAAGUGGUGCAUGAGACCAGGUUCUCAAUUUCUUUCCACAGUUGCAAACUUCCUUUGUGGUAAAGGUUUAGAAACAAAUGAGGGCUCCAUCGAGUAUUCCAGUAUGUGUUUGUGUAAGCUACUGCCUCUCUUUUACUCAAUGAACCGCUGCACACAAAUAGGUAAACAUUUGCCAAAAAUUAGUUUUCUGUGCUAAUACAGUCACUUUGUGACAAAUAUGCCCUUAUUAAACCCCUUCCAGCAAACACAAAACAUUGAUACAACAACAACACAUCCUUUAAAAAUCACUUCGAUACAAUGUUGCGAAAUAAUUCAUGUCUAACGUUAGAUCCAAGUGACCCAAUUUCAAUGGUCAAAUCAAUGUCCCAAACUGACACUGAAUAAACAUCAACGCUGUAUCUAUGUCAGGGGUCCCCAAACUUUUUGACUCGGGGCCCACAUUGGGUUAAAGCACUUUGGCCGGGGG